UUAAAACCCUACCGGGAGUGUGUACUGCGUAUCCAAGUAUCUGUCCAUUUCCUUCUUAUGCGGAGGCCAACGGUGAAGUGAAGGAUAUAGCAGUUACAAACCACCGAAAAUGGACGGCGGCGAGAACGAUUCUCACCAGGGAAGUUCGUUAGUGAUUCAUCAAACCACCGAACAACUCAUCGCCAGGUGCAUAGCUCCCGUAAAAAAGGACUUCAUUCGUCCACCUCCUGAUCGAACAACUUCCUCUCAAAACGACACCGUUUCCAUCCCAAACGAUAAACCUCCUCUUCUCGCCAAGGAGAAGAAAUCUAAACGCCAACUCAAACGCGAACGUCGUCAGGACCAAAAAUCAACAAAAAAUCUAUGUCCAGAAAUUUCAAAGUCUGGUGAUGUUAAUUCGUGUCGUUAUCAAGAUAAGUGUCGAUUCAGUCAUGAUAUUGAAGCCUUCAAGGCACAGAAACCGGAUGAUUUGGAAGGUGAAUGUCCUUUCUUGAAAUCCGAAGGUUCUUGCCCUUAUGGAUUAUCAUGUAGAUUUUUAAGUACUCAUGAAGAGGGUAAGCCAUUAUCUUCUAAUGGAUUGGAGAAAAGGUCUGAAGUUAAUGGUUUUAGCAAAGAUGUUCAAAAGCUUUUAUGGAAAAAUAAAAUGACCUACCCCAAAGCUGAUGCUAAACUCAAAGCUCUUGGCCUCUUUAGUAAGCCAAAAGUGAAUAACUUGGGAAACAAAGAUGGUGAUGACAAAUGUGUUCAGUCUGAGGAAAAUGGCUCUGGUGCGGUUACAUCUGAAUUGGAAAACAAUGAUGGCGUUGACAAAUGCCAUCUGUCUGAUGAUGAUGGCUUGUGCGGGGUUGCCGCUGACUCAGGUUCUAAGUUAGAAUGUUCUGCAGAAGUUAAAAAAGACGAUGACAUUACCAGAGAACUUGAAUCUGAUAUAAUCUGUCCCCUAAAGAGAAGAAAAACUGAAGAAAAUUGUGAAGAUGUUGAGACAGAAAAUGAAGGUGUGAGUGUUGUUGACCAAAAUGUUGAUGGAAGCUGCAUAAAAUCUGAACCAGAGGCAGGACCUGAAGCUAUAGCCCCAGAAACUGAUCUAAGCUUGAAGUUGCACUCACGUGAAAAGAAGCUUAUUGAUUUCAGGGAGAAGUUGUAUCUUGCACCCUUGACCACUGUUGGAAAUCUCCCCUUCCGGAGAGUUUGCAAAGUAUUAGGAGCUGAUGUAACAUGUGGUGAAAUGGCAAUGUGCACAAAUCUUUUGCAGGGUCAAGCUUCAGAAUGGGCAUUGCUGAGACGCCAUUCAUCUGAAGAGUUAUUUGGUGUACAAAUCUGUGGUGCAUAUCCAGAUACUGUGGCGCGGACAGUUGAACUAAUAGAAAAGGAAUGUACAGUAGAUUUCAUUGAUAUAAAUAUGGGUUGUCCUAUUGACAUUGUUGUGAAUAAGGGUGCUGGAUCAGCUCUUCUUACAAAACCAAUGCGCAUGAAAAGUGUUGUAGAAGUAGCUUCAGGAACAGUCGAUAUACCAAUAACUAUCAAGGUACGGACAGCUUAUUUUGAAGGGAAGAAUCGUAUUGACUCUCUGAUAGCAGACUUUAGCUCUUGGGGAGCUAGUGCAGUGACAAUACAUGGCAGGUCACGGCAACAACGCUAUAGCAAGCUUGCUGAUUGGGAUUAUGUAUAUCAGUGUACCAAGAAAGCGCCUAAUAAUUUGCAAGUAGUGGGUAAUGGAGAUGUUUUUUCAUUUGUAGACUGGAACAACCACAAAACUGAAUGCCCUGAACUUGCUACGUGCAUGAUUGCCCGUGGUGCACUUAUUAAACCUUGGUUAUUUACGGAGAUAAAGGAACAAAGACAUUGGGAUAUCAGUUCUGGUGAGCGGCUAAAUAUUUUCAAAGAUUUUGUGCAUUUUGGUCUUCAACAUUGGGGUUCAGAUACAAAAGGGGUGGAGACAACUAGGCGAUUCUUGUUGGAAUGGCUUAGCUAUACUUGUAGGUACAUACCUGUUGGUCUUUUGGAAGUGGUUCCACAACGAAUAAAUUGGCGUCCACCAUCUUACUAUGGGCGUGAUGACCUUGAGACACUGAUGGCUUCAGACUCUGCAGCUGACUGGGUACGUUUAUCAGAAAUGUUACUUGGCAAAGUUCCAGAAGGCUUUACUUUUGCACCGAAGCAUAAAUCAAAUGCGUACGAUAGAGCCGAAAAUGGUUAAUUCUGGAGUUUGUUUUCAGUCCUGAUUUUCAUGAAUCACUUUCUUCUCAACUGCCAAUUAAUUGUCUUGGGCACCGCCCGUUUAGUUUGAAAAUGCUGAGGAGACAUUUGUGACUGUCCUGUCGCUUUGUUUCAUUCAAGGAGUUUUUCAUAGUUGACCUCAACUUAUUCAAGGAGUUUUUCAUAGUUGACCUCAACUUAACAUUCAUUGAAUAAACACAUAUUUUUGAGUGAAUUGAAUAAUCACAUUGACAUUUGAAAUGUAUGCUUGUGGAGUUAUGCCAACUUUUGCAUGCUUAGGUCCCUUUGAAUUUUCUAAUUGCUGUAUUCAAUUAUAGCACCGUGUAUGAAUGAUAUGCGUAUUUUCCCACUUUUGGGCACAUACAGUAGUUAAUUAUGUCAA